AUGUCAAAUUCAGGAGAAACAAUUCUUCUUUCUAUUAAGCAAUGUAUGUUGUUUAAAAUAAUUGGAAAAGAUGGUCAAGUAAAGAAAAAUGCUGCAGAUUGGCAGCAAUCAGAUUUUUUAUGGAGUGGAAGGUGUUUAGUUACUAGAUCACCUGAACAUUGUAUUGUCAAAUUUGUUGAAAAUAAUGAUAUUGAAUUUUGUUCUUGUAUUGUUUCAGAUAAUUCUAUUCAAAAUGUUAAUGAUAGUAGUAGAUAUUUUAUAUUAAAAGUUAAUGAAAUAAAUGGUGGUAGAAAAGCAACUGUUGGUCUUGGAUUUGUUGAUAGAUCAAAUGCAUUUGAUUUUAGUGCAGUUCUUCAAGACAUUGAAAGAAAAAUGAAUAAAAAAGAUUCUACUCAAGUUGAUUCAGUUCAAACUGACAAUUAUAUACUAAAUGAUGGUGAGACAAUAUCCCUCCCUUUUGAUAAUUUAACAGCUGUAACUGAUACUCCAAAUAAUUUACGACCUUUUGAUGAAACAAAAGUCCCUUCUAUAACUUUUAAUGCAAGUCAAGCCCAACCAAUUGACAUUGAAGAAGAAAAAGAAGAAACAAUUACUGUAUUAAAUGAAGUACAACCUCAAACUAAUCAACCGCCUUCUAUAGACUUCUCUAACUUUGGUCAACCAACACAAGUAACUCAACAAAAAUUAGAAAUUAAUUCAACUACAAAUUCUACAAAUACUGUUGACUUAUUCUCUAAUUUUAAUCAACAACCAGUUACCCAUUCUCAAAAAGAUACUAUCAAUUUUGAUUUAUUUUCUUCUCCAUCAACACAAAAUAAAUUAUCAACUCAGAAUGCUUUGGAUAUUCUUCUUUUUAAUUAA